UGAUCAAUAAAAAAUAUAAAACUUUUAAAAAACAUCAUGACAAUUAAUUUAUCAUUUGGAUUUGAGCAUUAUGAGCCGAUAAGAUUUUUAUCAUCACAGUGGCGAAGUGAAGAAAAAAGUUUAGCAUAUACGAUUUGGCGUGUAAUAAUAGCAACAUUCUAUAAUUUUUCAAUAAUCAAUCAAGUCAUGGGUUUAGUAAACAAUUAUGAACACCUAGUGCCAGUAGAAUAUGCUUCUAAAUUUAGUUUAGCUGCAAUAGCAAUAACAUGCAAUAUUAGUGCAUUUUACUCGAUAUAUUACCACUUUCAAAAUCUUAAGCAUCAAAGUCAGAUGGCAUUUGCAACUUUUGUUUAUACGAGAGGUGAUGACCGUCGCGCAACAUUCAAGAUGCUAUCUGAGGAUAUUCGUUACUCUGGAAUUUAG